CAAGUUCUCAAAUUCAAAGCAUUUGUUCAUAGCCAACACCCAACAGUAGCAAUGGUGAUGAUCUUUGAGAAGAAGCUUGAAGAAAAUGACAUUAAACAUAGAAUGAGGCUUCCCAGUGAUUCCAACUGGGAACAACUUCCAUCUGCGAGAGAAACGUUGGUGGUUAGAGAUGAGGACAAUAAUACACGGAAUUUUUCCUACAGCAAAUCGUCCGGUAGGUCAUAUCUCAGUGGUAAUGGUUGGAAUGGCUUUGUGGCAAGCAAAGGCCUUAUAGUUGGUAACGAGAUCAGCCUUUACAAAACAGAUGACUUCUACACAAUUAAAAUAAAAAAUUGACAAAGUGAUUUCCAUAUUUUCAUAUAUCCUUUCGAGUGUUCCUCAGUUAAGUGUCUUUUUCAGAAUAAGAAAUGUUUUUUUAUAGUUUGAUCUACAUUUAAAAAGAUUAGUUCAAGGUUGAAAAAUACCAAGAUAUCAUUAAUGGUGUUUUGGUCAUUUUUCACUCUGAAUUAAUACUUUUAAGUGUAGAACAAACUGAAAAAUAACCUUGAUACUGUUUAUAUCAGCUUUUAGGUUAUGAUAACUUGGUUAUCCGCUUUGUAAUUACAUGGGUUUGGUUUUAAUUUGUGCAUAGGGAUGCUGUUUUUGUGUUGUUUACUACUGUCUAGCUAGGGUACUGUAUUUCUCUAGAAUAUUAUUCGAAUUACUGCAGUCUUGUGUGUGAUUAUGCUAUCAAUGUAAAAUAUUAAUAAAAGUCUCACAUCUUU